AUGGCUUCGUUCUGGAGAGCCCAUUUUACAUUCAACAAGUAUUCUCAAAUUGCGGCCCAAGCGCUGCGCAAUUCUCUUAAAGAGAGCGAACGAGUGGCAGCGGAAAGGCGUGGUCUCACUGCUCUAAAAUAUCAGAAAUGGGAGAACGGAAAGGGUGGUGAGCAGACAUGGGUCAAUCGUCCAGAAACCAGUGCUGGUCAUUAG